UGCAUGAAAAAGAACUGUAUUUUAUCAAUUUAUACAAUUAUAAGUGCUGUUGUAUCAGCUUAUCCAAGCAUAUAUUAUGGUACAGAAGACUUGUUUGAUUAUGAGCCAGGAGUCAAGUUUCCAUGUGACGAGAACAAAUCAAGUUGGGUAGCAAGUAUCGGAAUAGGCAGUCCACAGCAGGUAUUCCCUUUGCGUAUUGACACCUCUACUGAUUUUACUUGGGUUGCUGGUAUUACCUGUCAUUCUGACUUUUGUUCGGCUCAAAAUGACCAUCUUUUUGAUGCUGGCAAAUCUCAUUCUAUCACCAACCUUCACAAACAGGUGGUGUUUGAUUAUGGAAAUGAAGAAAUAGUCGAAGCCAAUUUAUACAAGGACAAGUUUAUAUUGGGUUCUGCUGAUUUAAACAAUUUCAGGUUUGGUAAAGCCUUCAACGUCACUGGUUUUGAUGAAUACGAUUUCGCUGGUUCAAUAGGAUUAGGUGCUUCUUAUGAAGACUUGAAAGCAAACAUCACUUUGACAAAAAGAGCCAUUUAUAGACCUGUAUCAACACGAGGCAGAGGCAGGAACGCAAGAUCAAUUUCAAGACGCAACAACGUGCUACAAGAAGAUUUAUGUGAAAUAGGCUUUGGUGUAGACAAAACUGCUAUUUCUGGUGACAUUGCAUGGUUUGAUAUUCCCACUUGCGACUUUGGCAAAUCACCUUUUUGGAAGACUAAGCUGACAGGUGUUCAAGUACAAGAUGCGAUAAGCCUUGAAUUAGAUACAUUAGCUUCAUUUGAUACGACUGUCAAGCAAAUACAAGUACCUCAAAACGAUUUAGACAGUAUCUACAGAGUACUCAAUGCAAAACAAAGUGAGACAACAAACAAAUACGAAUUCAAAUGCUGUGAAGCUAAGGACUUGAUAUUUUCCUUUGAAAAAUUCGAUAUUAAGCUGCCUAGUGACGUAUGGACAACACCUACUGACAAAGAAGCGUAUUGUACUGCCAAUUUUAAACCACUUGAGCCCAACAGGGAUCGCUUAGAUAACAUAUGGAGACUUGGUAUUGAUUUCCUCAACAACUUUUUCUCAGUCUAUAGCCUGAAAAGAAGACAGACAGGUCUUGCACUAUUAUCAGGCAAUCGAUCAGAAGGCAUUUGUAUUACCUCUAAAGAGUGA